UACUGUUUACAAUCUUGUUCUGCGUUUGUAAGUGAACGGUUGGGACAUUUUUAACACUUAAAAUAGAUUUAAAUAGUCAUAAUGGACGAACUAGUGGAGAUCGUGAACCAGCUACAGGACGUGUUUCUGGUCAGUGGUCAAGUCGUCGACCUGCCGCAGGUGGUCGUGGUAGGCUCUCAGAGUGCAGGGAAGAGCUCCGUCCUGGAACAUCUAGUGGGAAAGUCCUUCCUACCCAGAGGAGUCGGUGUAGUGACUAGAUGUCCUCUUGUCCUUCAGCUUGUCCACUCGUCCAAUGAUGUCGUUGAGGAAUACGCCAUCUUCCAACACGACCAGACGAAGGUCUUCACGGACUUCGACCUGAUUUCUAAAGAAAUACAAGAGCAGACUGUGAAGCUCGCAGGAAGCAAUAAAGGAAUCUGUCAUGUUCCAAUCACACUAAAAGUUUACUCAAAUUCCUACUUAAAUCUCACAUUGGUUGAUCUUCCCGGGUUGACGAAAAUUCCUGUCGGUGACCAGCCAGAAGAUAUUGAAAAACAAACCAGGGACAUGGUGCUUGAAUACAUUAGGAACCCAAAUAGUAUCAUCCUAGCAGUAACUCCUGCAAAUGCGGACCUGACGACGAGCGAGAGUCUAGCGUUGGCUCGUGACGUAGAUCCUGAAGGUGAGAGGACUCUGGCGGUUAUCACCAAGCUCGACCUCAUGGACGAAGGCACAGACGCGUGGGACAUCCUGUCUGGGAAGAUCAUACCGGUCAAACUGGGCAUAAUCGGCGUCGUCAACCGAUCACAACGAGACAUAAUGGAGAACAAACCCAUGAAAAAGGCGUUGAAAGAAGAAGCAGAUUUUUUCAACAAUCAGUACAAAUCGAUUGCACGUACCCACGGUAUCCCCUACUUGACGAAGACUGUGCAGAAAAUCUUAACCGAACACAUAAAAAGUUGUUUACCGAAACUAAAAGAUAACGUCAAAGAAAAGUUGUCAAAGAAACAAGAAGAGCUCAGAGCUUUGGGGGAUGUGAGUUUAGACAAGCCUUCGUUGUUGAUUGACAUAAUGUCGAAAUUUUCAAAAACGUAUUGUUCCAUUAUUAAAGGUGACACGGAGAACAUUCAGACCACUGAGCUGUCUGGAGGGGCAAGAAUCAAUUACGUGUUUCAAGAGAGUCUCGCCAAAGCGCUGCGGACGAUAGACGCACUAUCUGGGUUGUCUAAAGAAGCCAUCUUGACCGCUACCCAGAAUGCAUCAGGUGCGAGUCCUGGGUUGUUUGUUCCUGAAGUGGCGUUCGAGCUGUUAGUCAAGCGACAGAUCCAACGUUUUCGCCCACCCUGUCUUAGAUGUGUCGACCUUGUCAACGAAGAGCUCAGUAGAAUCGUGCAGACUUGUGCCUAUGAUCCCUUGAUCGGACUUGAAAGGUACCCAACACUGCAGAGAGAAGUCAUCCGUGUCGUCACCGAACUUCUCCGCAGCAGACUUCCCAUCGCUAAUCAAAUGGUAGACAGCUUCAUAGACGUCCAGUUGGCCUACAUAAACACAAGACAUCCGCACUUUUUCACUAACCGUGUGAGUGUGAAAGUGUCAACAGAUUUUGAAGAAGAGAACUGCAUCGCACGUAAACCCGUGGUAAAACUCUCGGCGCAAAGUUUUACAGAAACAUCGGAAAGUUGUGAGAAAAAAGAAGAAAUCUCGAAAGAAAAUCGGGAUUAUGAACUAAUUCAAAAAUUGAUUAAAAGCUAUUUUUCUAUCGUCCAGGUCACUGUUCAAGACACAGUUCCGAAGAUCAUCAUGCAUUCAAUUGUCAACUUUGUGGUCGAGCGUCUCCACAGCGAGUUGAUAUAUCGACUGUACAGCAACACUGACAGCCUGAUGAAGGAAUCGCAGGAUUUCGUGGAGAAGCGCCAGGAUCUUGAAACCGUCGUUGCUCAGCUAGAGAAGGCCUAUGGGAUUUUGACCUCUAUCAAACCGAGCACAAAAUCGUCCGUAUUCGAUUGCAGUGCUGUGACAAAACCAGAAAGCACAAAAUGUGCUCUCAUUUGAAAAUGAACAUUUUUUUACAUUCAGUGUUAUAGCUUGAGUGUUGAGCUUAGUUUCUUUCCAGUUAGGUUCUUUGUUAAUUUCAAUGUUGUAUAAACCAUAAGUA